GUUCUGUGGAUUAGAAAUAAAUAACAAAUUGAAUUUACUGGAAUUAGCUUGUUUAAAUAAAAGAAAAUGAUCAAAUGACGAUUAGCCGAUGUUAACAGGUUUUGGCAUAAAAGCAGACCUAGGAAUAAAGCAGCAGAUAAGUUUAAAAUGCAACUUCGCCAUCUCAAUAAUUUAAAGUUGCACAUUUAAAAAAGUACUUUUGUACUGUGUACAUAUAGUUUCGAAAAAUGAAGAAAUGCCGAAACAUAAACAAACAGAUGCAUUUUGUAACCCAGACCGCCCAAAUUGUAUGCGUAUUCCAAACAACCACACUGGUGUUUGUGCUUCCAGUCUAGAACAGAACGACAGGAUGUAAAGUGACAACAUGAAAGUGCAUUAUCGUCAUCUCUGAUCAGUUUCAUCAAUAAAUCGUCGGUCGAGGUUUUCGACCGGAUUAAAUUUGGUUCAAAAUGAAGCUACUAAAUUUCACCUUACUACUAGCACUUUUUGUUAUACUCGGUAGCAUUCGUGCGGAUAUCAGCUACCAGAAUCCGAAAAUUCUAAUCGUCACAUUAAUCAGAAACAAGGAACAUACAUUACCGUACUUCUUCUCUUAUCUGGAAGAUUUAGAAUACCCCAAAGAUCGUAUUUCGUUGUGGAUACGAUCAGACCAUAAUGAGGAUAGGAGUAUCGAUAUAACAAAAGCUUGGCUUAAACGUGUCAGCAGUCAGUACCACAGUGUGGAUUUUGGCUAUCGCAGCGACGUGGAACUCCGACCAGAUGAGAAAAGUAUCACCCACUGGUCAGAGCAGCGAUUCGCCGAUGUCAUCCGGCUGAAAGAAGAAGCGCUCGACAGAGCACGAACGAUGUGGUCGGACUAUGUUUUUUUUCUCGAUGCGGAUGUUCUUCUAACUAAUAGAAAAUCACUUAUGAAACUAGUACACCUCAAUCUUCCCAUAGUGGCUCCGAUGCUUCAAUCAGAAGGCCUCUAUUCCAACUUUUGGUGUGGAAUGACGUCCGAUUACUAUUACCAGCGCACCGAUGAAUACAAGGAAAUUCUGAACUACGAAAAGACCGGACAAUUUGCGGUACCGAUGGUCCACAGCGCGGUGAUGGUCAACGUAAACAUUUUGCAGUCGCUUAACUUGACGUUCGACAGUAAACGCCUUCCAGCAGGACGUUAUAAUGGUCCUAUAGAUGAUAUUAUCAUUUUUGCCAUGUCGGCUAACUACAGUGACAUUCUGAUGUACAUAUCGAACUCAUUAUACUAUGGGCACAUUUUGGUGCCUUUGGAGCAAGGCGAAACAAUCGAAAAAGACGUUGAACAGUUUACCAAUAUCAAAAUAAAUAUCAUCAAUGAGUAUGGUGAACUAAAUCUCAAGAGUGACUUGAAAAUUUUCGUUCGAAGUGAAUCAAAAGACAAAAUGGAUCUUUCGCAUAUUUAUAUGAUAAAUUUGGAACGCCGUUCAGAGCGUCGGAGGAAAAUGUUCAACAAUUUUGAUGAGUUGGGAUUGGAGGUCGAAUAUUUUCCUGCAGUUGACGGCAAAAAAUUGACCGAUGAAAAAUUGGUCAAAAUUGGGAUCGAGUUUCUGCCAGGAUACGUUGAUCCGUAUCAUAAAAGGCCAAUGACUAUGGGUGAAAUCGGUUGUUUUCUAAGUCAUUAUUACAUUUGGGAUAAAAUGGUAGAACUAAAUCAGCAAGAAGUACUUAUUCUGGAGGAUGACAUCAGGUUUGAGCCGUACUUCAAAAAACGAGUAUAUCAACUAUUAGAUGAAACGCGUCGUAUCGGGGGAUGGGAUUUAAUAUAUUUUGGGCGUAAACGGCUGCAAGAGGACGACGAGAAGUGGGUUGACGGAGCAGAUUACCUAGUGAAAGCUGGAUACUCCUACUGGACCCUGGGAUAUCUGAUUUCAUUGAGUGGUGCCAAAAAGUUGCUUUCAGAGAAUCCUUUGAAAAAACUAGUUCCUGUAGAUGAGUACAUUCCUAUAAUGUUCGAUAAUCACCCGAAUGAGACAUGGGUUAAUCAGUUUAAAAAUCGGAAUCUAGUCGCAUGGAGUGCAGCGCCUCUCUUGCUUUAUCCUACGCAUUAUACCGGGGACGAUGGGUACAUUUCAGAUACCGAGGACUCGACUCGAAUUGACAAUCUUAUUAAAGCUAACAACAACACCGCCAACGAUGCAGAUGCUACGGCAGAAAAGAAAGGCGAUAAGGAGCAGCUUAGCAAUAAAGUUCUGGCUGAAUCAACACUGUCCAGAAAUCAGGAACAUGAUCUGAAUGUUAAAAACAGGCGUAACGAGCUUUAGCGUAGAGGUAAAGCGUGAUUUUCUCGCACAAAAUAACCAAUUCUCGAAUAGUUCAAAAAAUAAGUAUAAUCAAAACUAUGACAGUAAUGGAACCAUCACCAAAAAGUUACAACGUGCCUUGUAAAUGUAAGAGUAUAUUUAGAUUUUAAUAUAUGUUCAUUGAAUUGACGCAGUCGAUAUAGCAAUAUAGUAGAAAAAUAAUUCUCAUUCGUAUAA